CCCGCCCCGCCGCCGGUGCCGCCGCUGUCCCCGCCGGGCCCGCUCAGCGGCCGCCACAAUGUCGCCCUGGCCGUCGCCCCGCUCCUGCGACACCUUCGUGGCGCUGCCGCCCGCCGCGGCCGGGGGCCGCGUGGUGUUCGGGAAGAACUCGGACCGGCCGGCGGACGAGGUGCAGGAGGUCGUGCACUUCCCGGCCGCGACGCACCCGCCCGGCGCCGCGCUGGAGUGCACCUACAUCAGCAUCGAGCAGGCGGAGCGGACCCACGCCGUGGUGCUGAGCCGCCCCGCCUGGCUCUGGGGCGCGGAGAUGGGAGCCAACGAGCACGGCGUGUGCAUCGGGAACGAAGCCGUGUGGGGCAGGGAAGAGGUCUGCGAUAGCGAAGCUCUCCUCGGCAUGGACCUCGUAAGGCUUGGACUUGAAAGAGCAGACACAGCUGAAAAGGCUCUUAAUGUCAUAGUUGAUUUGCUGGAAAAAUAUGGGCAGGGAGGAAACUGUAUGGAGAGCCACAUGACAUUUACAUACCAUAACAGUUUUCUGAUAGCUGACAGAAAGGAAGCAUGGGUGUUGGAGACAUCAGGAAAAUACUGGGCAGCAGAAAAAGUAGAAGGAGGUGUACGUAAUAUUUCCAACCAGCUCUCUAUCACAACCAAGAUUGACAGAGAACACCCAAAAUUGAAGGAAUAUGCUAAAAGCAAUGGCUGGUGGGAUGGGGAAAAGGAAUUUGAUUUCGCUGCCACAUAUUCUUAUGUCAAUACUGCCAGAAUGACCACAACCAGAGGCCGAUAUUGUGAAGGCUAUAAACUUCUGAACAAACAUAAAGGAUCUAUCACUUCUGAAAUAAUGAUGGAAAUUCUUCGUGACAAAGAGAGUGGCAUUAACAUGGAAGGUGGAUUUAUGACAACUGGCAGCAUGGUGUCUGUACUGCCUCAGCAGCCUAAUCUGCCCUGUAUUCACUACUUUACUGGAACUCCAGAUCCAGCAAGGUCUGUAUUCAAGCCUUUCAUUUUUGUGCCCGAUAUUACUCAGUUAUUAAAAACUACAUCCCCUACAUUUGGUCAUGAUGAUCCAGUUAAGAAGCAACCGCGUUUCCAGAGUAAGCCAGAUCGAAGACAUGAGCUCUAUAAAAAACAUGAAAGUGCCGCUGUAGUUAUGGAAACUAAUGAGGGCAAAGGUAAAGAAAUGCUUGAGGAGAUACAGAAGCUGGAGAAACAGAAGAUAAGUCAAAUGGAAUCAAUCCUGCAAAAUGGAUGUCUUGAUGUUAACCAAGUGGUUAAACUUUUUUCACAGUGUGUAGAAGAAGAACUCAAAAUAUAUAGCUAAGAAUAUUAUUUGAAUGGGGUAAAAUUCUGCAUUACAAUUAGGUUUUCAAUGAAGAGGCUAUAUAGAUUACAUCUUAUUUUCAGUAUACCACUUAAUAUGGACAGUUUUAAAAUUGCAGAUUCAAUAUUUAGGACAAAUAUUAGGCUUUUGAUUGUAGGAAGCAAUGCUGAAAAGGCUCCUAAGAGCUGGGCAGUGGCUUUGUACAUGGCACAAAGCUGUCAGCAGAGACUGAUUUUGCCAACAAACAGAUGCAAUUAGAAUGCAAUAGCUUGACUAAAUUGUGGAACAGCUCCAUCUCUGGAUGAAGAACACCAAUUCAGCUUUGGAGAACUCAGUUCUAGUGUACACACAUGUAGCUUUUAUAGUCAAGAGAACUGUAGCAGAAGUCAGACUACCUGAAUUAAAAUGGCCAUGCUGAAGACUUUGCAAAAUGUAGAAUCUGUGCUGAGUGCUGAAUGAAAAGGAAAGUGAUAUGCAAGUCAAGUAAGAUCGAUAGUCAGUUGUUUGAUGAAACCAUUCUAAGACACAUUUCUUAUAUGAACCUUCUACUCCGUCAAUGUAAAAUAGGCUAAGAGUUCAAGGUAUAUUAAAAACAAAUCACAGUUAUAAAUUU